AAGUGCCGUCGGCAGCCAGGGCCGGCUUCACUGCCAACAUGAAGCUCCUGUUGCUUUUCGGAUUAGUGGCUGUUGCCCUGGCUGAUGUCACUCGCUUCGAGGGAGAUAAAGUCUUCCGACUGAAGCCGAGCCUGGAUGCACAUGUGACCCUCAUCAAGGACCUGGCCCAGAACAUCGAGCUCGACUUCUGGAGCCCUGACAGCGAUGCUCUCGUGACCAUCGACAUUGAUGUUGACAUCCAUGUGCCUGCCAGGUACCUCGAUAUGGUCUAUACCACAUUGGCGCAGAGCGGCAUGGAGUAUGAGAUUCUCAUCCAGGAUGUUCAGUCUGCCGUUGAUGGCCAGGCUGACGGCGGUCCCUCUCCCAGAGCUCACAGCUACACCAAGUACAACACCUGGAGCGAAAUCGAGGCAUGGAUCAACUCCAUUGCCUCCUCCAACCCCUCCCUGGUCAGCAAACAGGUCAUUGGAAACACGUACGAGGGGCGUUCAAUGACUCUCCUUAAGCUCGGCAAGUCAUCCACCUCGACUAAACCCGCUAUCUUCAUGGACUGUGGUAUCCACGCCAGAGAGUGGAUCUCUCCUGCUUUCUGCCAGUGGUUUGUCAAGGAGGCCCUGGCUACCUACGGCAGUGAUUCAGAGAUGACCAACCUGCUCAACAACAUGGAUGUCUAUGUCCUGCCCGUCUUCAACGUCGACGGCUACGUGUUCACGCACACCAACAACAGGAUGUGGAGAAAGACUCGCUCCAAGAAAUCUGGGUCAUCUUGCAUCGGAGCCGAUCCCAACAGGAACUUUGACGCUGGCUGGUGCACCAUUGGAGCUUCCAGCAACCCCUGCAGCGACACCUUCUGUGGCCACACUCCCGAGUCGGAGAUCGAGGCGAAGAACGUCGCCGACUUCAUCCGCAAGAACAAGUCGGCCAUCAAGUCCUACAUCACCGUGCACUCAUACUCCCAGCUGCUGCUCUUCCCCUACUCCUACAGCUACAACCUGGCUGCAGACCACAGUGAGCUGAUGAGUGUUGCUCGGGGAGCCGCCGCUGCUCUGACUAGUCUGUACGGCACCCGCUACACCAGUGGACCAGGCGCCACAACUAUAUACCCUGCUGCAGGAGGCUCCGACGACUGGGCUUACGACCUGGGAAUCAAAUAUUCCUACACGUUUGAGCUGCGCGACACUGGUUAUUACGGCUUCCUGCUGCCCGAGUCUCAGAUCAAGCCCACGUGUGAGGAGACCAUGCUGGCCGUCAAGUACAUCGCCGCCUAUGUGCAGAAGAACCUCUAUUAGAAAGUCUGGCAGCCAUGGACCCCCGCCGGCAAGGCGCCACUGCAGCAGCCCCCCAGCCCUUACAACCUCUAACCAAUCUUCUCCUCCGUUUCCAUGGAUACGGCCGCCUCCCGCCAUGUUUUCUCGCUGCGUUUGACAGAUUGUCAAGACGAGUGCAAACAAUAAAAUCAAUGACCCAUCCCAA